UAUCGGCCAAAUAUCGGAUUUCUGGUUCGUUUCGGGCGAUGGGCUCCUCAUAAAGAGGAGCAUCCUUGGUCGACAGGGUUUAAUGAUUCUCUCAGGAGGUUGCACUUUGAAGGGCGCGAUCUCACCUUCCGUUUGAAUCUCGUGGUUCUUUGAAAUUAAUUUCUAGUUACUUGCCCUUUCUCUUAUUCCCGCGUUUUUCUUUCUUCCAAUUAGUUGGUUGGUUUUGGAAUUUCGGACGCUUCCCGAUUCUCCCGCUCGUUUAACGACCGAUUUUGCAGCUUGGCCGGUCAUGCAAUAGAUUUCUGUCGAUUCAAAUUUAAAAUGGAUUAACGGGGGAAGCAUGAGGAAAGGGAUGUUUCGUAGCUAGUAUUCGUAUUUCAGGGGAUCAGAAAGUUUAGGUCGAUUGGAAAGAGAUAAGUGGUUACAGGGUUUGAGUGAAAAUCUGUAAGAUGGGGAGGGUUAAGCUAAAGAUAAAGAGAUUGGAGAAUACAAGUGGCCGACAAAUAACCUAUUCGAAACGGAGGACUGGAAUCUUGAAGAAGGCUAGGGAGUUAUCCAUAUUGUGUGACAUAGACAUUGCCCUUCUCAUGUUUUCACCAUCCGGCAAGCCUACAUUAUGCCUUGGAGAGCGCAGUAAUAUUGAAGAGGUUAUCGCAAAGUUUGCUCAAUUAACUCCACAGGAAAGGGCAAAAAGGAAGUUGGAGAGUCUCGAAGCAUUAAAGAAAACAUUUAAGAAGUUGGAUCAUGAAGUGAACAUACAAGACUUUUUGGGUGCAAGUACUCAAACGGUCGAGGAAUUGACCAACCAAUCAAGGCUAUUGCAAGCUCAACUUUCAGAACUACACAAGAGAUUGAGCUAUUGGACUAAUCCAGAUAAAAUCGAACACAUAGAACAUCUGAGGGCAAUGGAAGAUUCCCUCAAAGAAUCACUUAACCAAAUUAGAACUCAUAAGGAAAAUUUUGGAAAACAGCUUAUCUCACUGGAUUGCAGUAGCCAAUUCCAGAAUGAAAUGCAUCUACCCUUGGGAAUGAGCAGUGAGCCACAAGCACAAUCCAUUUCAUGGCUUCCUGGCAAUGAUAGUCAACAUAUAAUGUUACCAGAGGAUCCCAACUUGCUGUCUCAAAGCUGCAUUGGUUUCAUAGGUGUCGUCAUCAUCAUCUAAGCCUUGUGCCAACUGCUGAGGUGUCAGCUAAGUACAAAGCCUUUCUGCUUUGAGAAGUGCUAAGAAACUUUCAUGCAUGAACUAUAAUUAUGUUUUCCAAACAAAAUUGGAACAUCAUCUCAUCUAAAGUGAAGUGUUUUUUCUGAUAAUUAUCUAAAGUGAAGUUAUUCCACUCUGCUGUACCCCAUUAUAGGAUUUAAUUACAGUCUGUGGAAGUAUCUGUGCUGAUUCAACACUUAUUAAAGGGACCUGAUCUUUAUGUUUUCUCUGGAUUGAUUCCUGUCACUUAUGUUUGACUUCCAAAGAAGUUUGAUCUUACAAUGUAGAAGUGAAAGAAACCAGCCAGCUUUGCUCCAAUGCUUGUUGGGGCAACUUAAUUUAUAUUGAAGAGCAAUGAUUAGUUGUUAAUAUAAUAUGGUAGAUGCUAGUGUCACAGGCUUGGCUGUCACAGUCCCCUUAAAUCACAAAAGGCCAAGAAGUAACACUCCAUAAACCCCUGUAUUUGCACACAAACCCUGCUUAUGUCUUGUCUUCUUGUGAUUUGAGGUAUCUGUGAUGAACAAGGACCAUGAUGUUAGCUUGCUCAUAAAUAUGCAUGUGUGUUUGUGCAUUCGCUUCAUUUAGUUUCUUUAUUGUAUGUAUGUAGGUACUGAAUUCAUUUAAUGUGUUUUGCCUUUAAAUUUCUAUAAGAUCACACAUCUUGUGCUAAAUAAUCAAUAUAUGCACUACUAAACUGCAUUUUCUGUAUUGCUACUAAAACUAUGUUAUAUUUUGUAAAACGAUUUUGUUCCAUUAAUAGUAAGUUUAUAACCAUUCUAGUUUCUGUAGAUGAGUGGAAGUUCUCUAGAUAAGUUUGUGCCUAAAGAGGUUUUGGUUUUACUAUUCAAUGGCCAUAAUAAUUAGGAAGGUUGUCUUUCCUAAUGAUAGACUACAGCUAUCUUACAGCCUCUUCAAAAUGGGCACUGGACCCAUCUCAGACAUUUGCAAAGGCUCUCUCUUGGUCAAAUCUGUAGCAUGUGAAUAAAAAACUUUGGAUUAUUAAAAUAAAAUUCGGGAAUUAACCAUGAAAUUGAAGUACUUGAUAAUUGAUUAUGAUCAAAUAUUAAACAAUUUUAAUUAUUUAGUGCUGUUUAAUUUAUGUUGGCUUCAAAGAAAAUAUUUUGAUUUAUGCUUCUAUGUUUUAUUUGCUUUCUGUUAAAAGUGUGUUCCAUUAUAAAAUAAAAUAAGGUAGAUUAUAAGAAACAAAUAUAAGAAUUGAAGUGACUUGCCAAAUCCCUGAAUCCUACUUUUCAGGUUCACCGAAUCAGGCAUCUCUCUCUCUCUCUCUCUCUCUCUCUUUCUCUCUCACACACACACACACGCACACGUGUAAGAGCACAUGCAUGGCACACUACUUUUCAGGUUCAUCCAUUAUCUUUAAGCCAACCUGCUUAAUUUACUCAAUUUCCUGUCUGGAAUAUUUUUCUGAACCAAUUAUUGGAUAUCCCUGCCAACUUGAUAUUUUUCCAUAAGCCAUUGAAAGCAAAUUCACUGUGUUCCCCUAGAGAUCUGGACUGCUCUACUGAUGCUUCCAUUCCAAGCUUUUCUACAUACUUUACUGCGGUCAAACCAGAGGUUGAUAGUUCAGGACAAGAAGGU